UUAUCUGAGUAUUGCCAUCACUAAUAUUUUAAUGGAAAAUAAAUUAAAAUAUAUUCACAAACGUUGAAUGAAAAAUGUCUUUGGAUUUACGGAAUCAAUGUCGAACAUGCCUUAAGACUGAUAUUAAAUUGCAGAAGUUGACUGCUAUGAUUGACGGAAAGGCUGCAACAACGUACAAGGAUGCGUUAAAGACUCUGGCAAACUUCUUGUUUAAAGCUGAAUAUGAAGACGAAAUGCCGCAAAGAAUAUGCGAUGGUUGUUGCCGUAAACUGCGGUCGGCCCAAAAUUUCAUUAUUCAAGCAGAGGAAGCUAACGACAAGUUAAUACGAAUUCUAAAGGAUAUACAGCAGAUGCCUUCCCUAAAGCAAUUGGAUUGCUUGAAUGAAAAUCCCAUUGAAUUGUCCAGCACUGUUGAGCAAUGUCUGCAAAUCAAAAUGGAGGUAGAAAAUUUUGAGAGCGCGGAAAAAGACUUAAAACAAAUAGACAAUUGGAUUGAUAAUAUUGCAAUUAAAAAUGAGCCACAAUUUGAUGGCGAAAAUCAAUUAUUAAAGAGCGUUGAAAAGGAU